AAUGGCAGAGCUGCAUGCUGGCGAGCGAAGUCAACAUGCCAAUUCCAUGGCUCAAUACCAGCUGAGCUGGGAUUUUGUUGAUCGGGCCAGGCCAGGAUCGGGCCGUUCGCUGAAAACAGGCUGUGUGUCCUUGAUCCAGUGUAUAUUGCUGCUGACUAGCGUUGGAGAAAGUCAGUUGCCCUUGCCAGUGCUGCAUGGCCGGUGUAGUUAGUUCUAAGUCCGCGGCCGUCAAAAGAGAUCUUCCUCCUUUAUCUGCAGACUCAAGACAGAGACAAGCCAGUGGUGGAAGAGAUACGAGAAAGCCAAACGUUCCCAGCAGCAUUUCAAGCAGCAAGCCAACAAGUAGUGCUUCGAGAUUUUUGUCGUCAGGCAACGAGAUCGAGAGCGAGCCUGGAAAACAAACAAGGAAGUCGCACGCCCACGUCACGGAAUUAGCCGCACAGACAAGAUGACCAGUUUCCUUCCAGUUCGUUGUGGCCUGUUGUUGGCCAUAUUUCUGUUGAUGGUCAGUUCGAUUGGGAACAUUGGUGUGUCGUCAGCGAGCAGUAGUAGAAACGAGCCACAGGAGAGCAUCGACCGAACAGCGCACUCGACGAAAUUGGAGUUGGAUGAGGACUGGAACGCGGACGUGCGGGAGUACGUGUUCAAGGCGCUGUCCUUGGAAUUCGUGUCCGAUUCCAGCCGGUGGGCGUCCUCAACGGCGCGGGAGAAGCGCGAGCUGCCGCCGCAGCAGCAGCCACAACAAGAGCAGCAGGAAGGCAUUGGCGGUGAUUCGAAUAGCGUGUUCACCUGGUCCGACUGCAGUCAACCCGGCUCUCCGGUGAGCAUCAAAACGCUGCAGCUGACGCCAGACCCGAUCCGGGUACCGGGCACUGCCUCACUCAACCUGGUACUGACGUCAGAACAGGCGGUCGGUGGCCCCAUCAAACUGGACCUGAAGAUCUUCAAGCUGAUCUUCAAGUACAUCUGGCACAAGCUUGACUGCACCGAUGGCAUGGGAUCGUGCCUAUACGAGGACGUGUGCACGGUGCUGAAGGAGAAAUUUCCAUCGUGCCCCGGCAACACGACUUGCCACUGCCCUUUCCCGGCGGGGUCGCCCCAUCUGCAGCGUGUGUUCCAGAUUCCCACUCCGCGGGGGAUUCCCCUCCAGCUGGUUGAUGGAAAGUACCACGUGAUCGCUAACGCCACACACACGGGCAGCGAUGGCCACUUCAACUUCUGCAUUGAUCUGCAUCUGGCGCUGCACGUAGACUUGUGAGUUAGGCGUGUACUGCUCCUGUCCUAAUGUUAUGUACAGUGUAGUGUAUGCACAUUGAUCACCCAGUGAGCUCAUGGCUCACAAAUCCUGCAUAUGCACACACACACACACACACACACACACACACACACACACACACACACACACACACACACACACACACACACACACACACACACGCCUCAGACCUCAGACCUGCCCAUCGCGGAAGCGAUGAUAGCGAACAGCAAUGUUAAACAUAGCACCUUGUGCUGGGAUUACACCACUCAACAGCUUGCAAGGCUGAUGAAUUGACCACCACUAAUUUUAGCCUGGUAUCCACCACACAGCUGAUCUGAUUGAAGUGGCUUAUUCUGGCCAGUGAAUCCUUAUUUUUCAUUUUUUCAUUUUUUCCAUUUUUUCAUUUUUUUUUACACACACGCCACACCACAUACUCCGGCAUGCACUGGCUGUUGGUAACCACCCAGGAGAAUGAAAGAAGAGCUAGGAGAAUGAGAAAGAGAAGAAAGACGUGUGCGACCACAA